UUGAAAGACAAAAAUAUUUCAACGUACAAGAUCUUGAGUAUUAAAUUAAAACAAUUUCAUAAAAAUAAUAAUGCAUAGUAAAAUAGCAUUUUUAUUAUUCGUUUUUACUUUCUAUUUUCACAUAACAUCGGCAAUGCAUUGCUCAGAACAUGAUCCAUGCCCAGGAAAUAUGUGUUGUUUAAAGUACAAUGAUUCUACCAUGUGCAAACCACUGAGCAAAGAAAAAAAACAAUGCGAACAGGAGCCUGCAUCAAAUGGGAUUUACAGGGCAUUCUGUCCUUGUCAAAUGGGUCUUGAAUGCGAACCUGCUGGUGUCUUGAAUUAUUGCAUAAGGCCACCCGACUAUUGAAGAAAUAAAGAAAAACUUGACAUUAAUUUCAGAUAUAUGUGUGCUUAGAUUUCUUUUUUGAGUUAAAUAAAUUUACACAAUAUUAAAUUAAUGCAGAAAAUAAAAUUAAAAAAAAUCUAU